AUGCCCGCCGUCAAACCAUCAGAGUGGGAUGCCAUGCCUGCCAAGGAGCAGUUGUUGUGGUAUCUGGAGAGGUUAUGUGCUCAGGCAGACGAGAUGAGCUCAGUGUUGGGUAUUGCACGAGUGGGUGACCCUCCCGUGGUCACCUCGCUUGUCGAUCCGGCGGCCUCAACCACGACGGACGCCUCACCUACACCCGUCCCCGACGUCUCCGGCUCCACCACCAAGCCCCAGGAAGUGCUCGAGGUCAUCCACGACGCGCCCCCUGCUUGCAUCGUGAUGGCGCACAUCACCUGUUCGACGGAUGGCCUGAACCAAGUUGUCGCCACCAAUAGCGUCGACAAGGUCACCAUCGUCUACCACGAGUCCGUCGUCGACCUCAGCGACAAGUUCGGCGCCCUCACCAUUCCUGUGAUGGCCAGCAUCAACCCGCUGCUCCACGUCUAG